GUUUUGGUCUCUCCUUCAAACUUUAAUCUAUUUUGGUCCCCAUCUUCUGAAACUCGUGGAAUUGGUCCCUAUUUUAGCACGCCGUUAGUUUUUUUUUUAAGCUAGCAAACGGAGUUCCAUGUCACCCCUUAUUUUAAGGGUCAAUUAAGCUACAGUGACACGUGGCAAAAUAAAAAUUAAUUACUUUAUUUUACUCAUAAGCUUCAAAUACAGGAUUUGAACCCUAACAUUGUGAUUGGAGGAUUAGAACAGGAUUGGAACAGUGGUAAUGUGCUAAAGAGUGUGACUGAAGAGGAAGAUUGGUUCGUGUUGGGGAAACUGAGGCAACAACAUUCGUCUGAGUCAGUUAUGAAGAGUGGUAGCAAAGGUUUCAAUUUUACGCAGAGGAAGAUUGGUUCGAAAAUAUCGCAGAGUUGUGCCUCGUCUUCGGAAAUAGCAUCAAAAGUAUGUGGGUAUGGGAAAAGAUUGUUGCUCCUAAAGGCAACUACUGUGAAGAAUAAGGGCAGAUUGUUUUGGAGAUGUAGAAAUUGGGCUUCCAAUUCACACUGCAACUAUUUUGAGUGGGUUAAAGAAGAUGAAUCUGAAUUCGAAGGUAAAGAAUCUGAAAUUGAAGCUAACAGCGGAAAAAUAGUAGAGGAAGAUGAAGUUUGCUUAGAUAGGGACAAAGUUAUCCUGGAAUUGGCAAAGAAAAAUGAGAAGUUGAAGAAGAAAUUGCAAACAGAGAGAAGAUUAAGGAAAUUCCUGCAAUUUUUAUUUCUUAUGUCAUGGGCGUUUACAGUUUUAUUUGUGGUUAUGUUCUUGUUGAAGGUGAAUUGUAAUUAGGUUAGGUAUGUAGUUGUGAGCUGUGGAAGUGAAGGUUUUUAUGUUUUAGGGGUUGUUUUAGAUAGGUAUUGUAUUCGUGGGGAUUUGCUAUUAAUGAAUG